CCACGAGACAUUCGCAACCUGAAUGCGAUCAAGAGCUGGUCCUGACUCCUAACCAUUCUCUUCUCUCACAACUCAUGAGUCAGAUACUCAGAUCCCUCUGACUGUCUCUCUCCGUUUCAGCAAUCUCAGAUCAUCGCCAUAAUCGUGAACCGGGUUGGUUCUCUCAGCUAUCAAUCCAAAAUUUGGAAUUGUACUUAAAGUCAUGAUUCACUUUGUGCUUCUCAUUAGUCGACAAGGAAAAGUGAGGUUGACAAAAUGGUAUUCACCUUAUUCUCAGAAGGAAAGAACUAAGGUAAUUCGAGAGCUCAGUGGCGUAAUUCUGACCCGAGGUCCUAAGCUUUGCAACUUUGUGGAGUGGAGGGGAUAUAAAGUUGUCUACAAAAGAUAUGCGAGCCUGUAUUUCUGCAUGUGCAUUGACCAGGAUGACAAUGAAUUGGAGGUCCUUGAAAUAAUCCACCAUUUUGUUGAGAUACUGGACCGCUAUUUUGGCAGUGUCUGUGAGCUGGAUUUGAUUUUUAAUUUCCACAAGGCUUAUUAUGUAUUGGAUGAGCUUUUGAUUGCUGGUGAACUUCAAGAGUCGAGCAAGAAGACAGUUGCACGGCUGAUAGCUGCACAGGAUUCGUUGGUGGAGACUGCUAAAGAGGAGACCAGUUCAAUAAGCAAUAUAAUUGCUCAAGCCACCAAAUAAGAUCUAUAUUUAAAUGAGUUGGUUUAUACACUCCCUUGGUUGGCAAUGUUCAAUAUGAUACAAUCUCUUAUUUUGUUUCUUUAAAUCUGUAUUUGAUAACUGAUGAGUGCAAUAUUUUCUAGCAGGGAAUUGGUAUUAUAUUUUAAUAUACUCCUUUCUGUAUUUCUUAAUAAGCAAAGGCGAUUGAACUCCA